CUCUCGUGUCCCCACCCCAAACAAUGGUGUUUUUCGGCAAGAAGAAAGCACGUUCUUCUCGUGCAUCGCAACAUGCUGCUGCGAGUCCCAAGCACGAUAGCCCACCGAAUACGACGCACGCGCAACCGCAGUCCUCAUCGCAGAGCUCCUCGACGGCCGAGAGAGGCAACGGACGCCGCCCCUCCUGCGAUGUCGACGAACACCGCGAACUCGACGAUCAAUGGAAAGAGCACAUCAACGAAUUUCAUCUUGACAGGGUGCUCUUUUACUCCCGCCGGCCCGACCCGCGUAUGUUAUCCAACGCGCUCAACCUUGCGUACGACAAUAUCGCCUCUCGUAUCGACAACCGGCAACAAUAAGGACCAGCUAGGCAACGGAUUAACCGCCAGGAUCGAGUCCGGGUUUCUGUUUUUAACUGCCUAUGAUCGUGCUCUGUUUAUAGAGAUUUUCAAUCGCUGGUUAUCAAGGCUUCGCUGUCAUAGCAGCCAACCUGUCUCCCCCCGCAGCAUAUCCCUUCCUGGAACGAACCAGAAGAGUCCUAUACUUCGACUACUGCUCAGGCUAAUACCCCAACAUCUCAUGAGAGAAGUGGUCUACCUCUACUGUAUUCCUGUCUUGCCACUGUACAGAAUACCCUUGCUGAAGUUAUCUCAUCGAACUACAUGUUGGUAUCUGCCUAAAGAAGUAACCUUACUGUCUGUCUGCCCCCCUUCUUCCCUGCUGUACGGUCGUCAUCGGGCGUUGAAACCUUUGGCCUCUGCAAUGUACUGGCUCGGAAUAUCAUUCUUUCCUUUCCUGUGAAAUAGGGUUAUCUUUGAUCCCGCCAAAACCCAAAAAAAA